GUGUGAAAGAUGGAAGGCUAGCAAGGCUGCCUCAGUCCACAAUACGGAUUAUAUCUACGUUGACCGGAAGGAAGCAGACCGGUUUUCUUGUGCUUACAGCCAUCAGAUUGGCGAAUACUGCCGUGCUCCCCUGACCAAUCAACAUUGCGCGCAGACCACCAUCAGCAUGGUUUACGCGUGGGACACGUUUGAGACUUACAGAUUGAGGCAGGCGGACCUCGAAAGCUUUCUCACACGAAUCUUCGGGGCGUGGGACUUCUUCAUCAACAUACAGAAUGGAUUCUACCGGUUUUGGAUCCCGACGCCGUUGACCGAAAUUAUGCCCUCGUUUCUGGACUUCAUUUUUCCAUUUGGGAACCAGGUCGGCGCCAAAGACGCAUACUUCAGUGGCUUGCGCGAUGGGUCUGUGAUGACGGCUACAAAUUGCGAUGCCGAAGUUCCUCAGCUACACCGAUCAGGUAGGGAGCUUAGGUUAUGCUACAAUCUGAGGUCUGUUGAACCAUCUGGCAGCGAUCCACAAAUACCAUGGUCCAUUCGACAAUGUGCUGUCUAUCACUCGUACGAUAUUCAGACCGGACGGGCGCUAUGGGUUACGGUCAAAGGCAAUGAGCUCAUCAAAGAGCGCAUCCAGGAUGAAGAGAUGUUGCUUCCGUUUACCCAAGCAAAGUCGCGGCCAGAAACUUUCUCUUCCACGCUAGACGUUCAUCUGAUGCUAUGCGACUGGGCAAGCGAAAAUUGGCGCUGGUACCUCAAUGAUCUCGAACGAAAGGUGCAGAGAUUGGCCCCGGGGGCUAUGGUCAUUCCUGUGGAUAAGCCACGAACCCCGCCACCCCAGCCAAUAAAUCUGCUUAGAAGCCCAACACAGCGUAUGGGUAGUUUUCCGACAGUUGCGCAAUCACCAACCAGUGCUAUUAGUCCGAGGUCCAAAACUGGAACCUUCUCGUCGAAAUUCCCAUCACGUAGUUCUACUAUAAUAGAGGACUCUGACACCAAGUUGAGAACGGAACAUAGUUCCUAUGGCGAAGAGAAGUGGAUUAAUGCAGCUCUGAGCAACACGAAACCAUUGCAGAGAAGCUUGAACUCUCUAUACAGUACACUUAAUAAACUCAAAACUAGGGUCUCUGAACAACGGAGCUCUCCAAUUUUACCGUCCACUAGCGAACGGCGAUCGACACCCGUAGGAGAUCUCCGGGCACCAGCGGAACGACCACCAAACUUUCUCGAGGGUGGCAUUAAUACUGCACAUGAUCAUUUUAAAUUUGAGGACCUGCAGAAUGCUGAAUAUAUUGAUCAAAAACUGCAAGAUGCUCUUUUACAUCUACGGCUCGAUGUAGGAGUUCUGGGGGAGCUCAGGCAGUUCUAUGAAGAUGCUAUGGCGCACAAGGAUUUGCCAACAGAUAUUAAAGACAAGUGUGCUGCGCAGCACGCCUACUUCGAUAAGUGCGUGUCUGGGUCCAUCAAAGAUAUGCUUAUGUUGCAAUCAAGGGUGGAGACUUUACUGCAGCUUCUGAGUAAUCGAAAGCAUUUGCUGAACUGCAUUUUGCAGCACAUGAGUACAAAAGCUAAUGACUCAUUUGCAAAGAAGGCGCAUGAUUCGGCGCGUUUCAUGGAAGCGAUGACUAUUGAGAUGCAUUCAAUUGCAAAGAAAACCGAACGAGAGACCGUUUCGAUGCGGGCGAUUACUUCUGUCACACUUUUCUUCCUUCCGGCCACCUUUCUUGCAAGCUUCAUGAGCACAGAUAUACUUGAUUUCAAGGACGGCAAACAAGACCUACAGAUGACGGGACUGAAAGUUUACCUUGCGAUCGCACUUCCCGCGACCUUUCUAACGUUCCUUGCAUGGUACCUUAUCUCUCGGUCAGCAAAAGCAAAGGCGGGAACAGUAGAGGGCGAGCAGCCGGGUUUCGAUGCUGCUUGACAUUCCGAGCUCGUUUCUGUGCGACUAGUUAUGCGCUGCUCAUGUGGGUCGGGCAUAAAGCAAGGGAGCGGAGCCGCGACCAUCAGCGCUAGCACUGAUUGGCGUUAGCAUUUUGAUGAUCAAUCUUGAGAGAACCCGCUAGUGCACGAACGUUACCUGUCUAC